UAUAUAAAAGAAAGUGGCGCGGUCGCGAGGCGACCUUGCUCGGUGAAAGGCGUGGUGCAAGUGGCACAGCCGGAACUCACUCUUCCCACGGAUCAAGAUCCCGCGCCUCUCGCCCGCCGCCAUGCCGUUAUGCGCCCGCGCAACUUUCGGUAACCGGUUGAGAAUUAGCGAAAAAUGCAACUGUCGCACUUGGACCGGUGCCAGCAAACAAUAUUUAGAACGCGGACAUAAAACAUGGUGUGUGGCAGCGGAACACAGACAACGUCGCGAGGCGCGUGCUGCGGCCGCGAACCCGGAUGCGCCUGACGUAACGCAGCCUUCGCCUCCUCCCUCGCCCCCGCGCUGUCUGCAGCCCCCUCCCGAUCCUACGCUUGUCUGGCUCACUGUCUAUACCAGCCUAUACACUGUUCUUAAAUUUCUCAGUUAUUACAUAUCUGAGAUUAAUAAGAUUGAGCGAAAUGAGAAUUCUUCAUUUAAAAGCAACUAUCCUAUAGGCUACUAUUACGUCAACAUCCAGAGAGGAGAUUGGAACGCUUAA